AUGACCGCCACCCUUGAACGCAGCGUUUCUCGAACCUCGAGCAUGUCGGUACCGAUAUCUAGCCCUAGGCUCUCGCUAAGACACGAAACCACCCCGCCCAGUCUCUCCGAUCCCGCCCUAUCCCAUCUCCAUGACCGGUUAACCCUGCUGGAUUCGCGUGUGCUCGAAUUACGUUCCACAAUCCUCACCAAAGACGGCUACAUCGAUCGACGCAAUCGUGAGGACGAACACAUUCGCCGGGAAUUUGAGGCCCAUCGCUCGAUCUCGAGCCGUAUUGAUCUGAACGUUGUCGCGUUGCGAACGGAUGUCGACCAGCUAAAGUCAGGCGUAUUCCAACUGAAAUCGAGCAUCGGCCAGUCCGGCAACGAGACCGUGUUCCUACGCAGCGAUGUUGACCGUCUCUCAAAGAAUAUCGACCAGAUACAGUCCGACCUGAAGCAGCUGCAGACCGAUGUCUGUGGAUGCAGUGUGGAGAUCAGUAAACUGCAUGCGACUAUCAGCCAACUCCGAACCGAUCUGAUUACCCUCCAACAUGAAACCACUCGCCAUCUGAACUCGGUCUUCGAUCGGUUUUCUCUGAUCGAAUCCCGUAUGAAGCAUUCGGAACGCGUUCGAUUCAACUCGCUGGCUCAUACAACACACGCUCCCAUAACUCCGGUCCCGGUCGUUGAAACCGACGGAUCUUUGCAAUGGCCCGAAUAUUUCCCCAGGACCGUGUGGCGGUUCUGGUGUUUGAAGAAGCGAAGUCGGGUCAACCGCUUGGUCCAGUUAGCCGAUUUCUACGAGCUUGGAGGAUAUCAGUACUGGGGUCGGAUGCAUCAAACCGAGUCGACGUUCGGAAGUGACAGUGAAUCGAGCGACUCUAGUGACUAUCCUUCCAACUUGACCCGCGCCGAGGCCGUCCGCUUAUACCCGGAGGCGGCUCACCAGGCUCUGGCAGCAACCCUAGGCUUGGUGUACUACAAGAUCCGCAACGAGGUUGGAGAGGGUCCGAAUGCCCAUUUGCCCGCCCGUCCUCCGAAGCGCCAGCAGGAAGAGGUGGUCUCGGCCCACUCCGGUUCCAAACAUAAGCAAGUGAAAACGCGUCGGCCUAACGAAAUGUCGCCCACUGCUCUCCACAAGCUGGUCACUGGCCCCUCUUUAGAAUCGAAGUCCAUAGUGUCUGAAGAAUCGGACAAACUCGGAUGGAAUGCUCGUUCUGAGACCUCUGACGAGGCCAUGAGCAAGCUCCGAGGGAUCGUUUCCGAGGAAGUGGGCACAUUGCUUCGGGCUUUAGAGCGAGGUCGUAUCAAACUCAAACCUGGCCGGAACGAACGACCGAAUCUUUCGCCUACCGAAUCCAAGGGCUCUCGCCAGAGCAAACUUGGCCUCGACGGGGCGCAAGAUGAUGACGAACGUACCUUACCAAACACUAUCCCCACCGAGAUAGUCUCUCCUUCCUCUGGAAAGACGGAAGAACAUGAACUUCCUGAUACUGCAUCUAAUUCUACGAGUCCAUGA